CUUUCUCAAAUUAUUCUUGGCUACCUUUUAGGACUAUGCAGUUGUUUCGGUGGCGAAGACUCCGACGCCGAAGAUGAUAUGCCUGGUGGCUAUGCUAGGGCUGCACCCCGUCAGGCGGAAAGAACCUCAAUAAAAUCGGCAGGUGCAUCGGCCCCAACGCGUUCCUCUGUACGUUCCGCUGGGCCAGUUGAAGCAGAGGAGCGCAAAUCUGGACCGCAGCAGGAAAAAAAGGAAAAGAAAAAGAAGAAGAAGAAGAAGGAAGAAGCAGCGGAAUAG